AUGCAUCAUGUGUCGUGUUGGGCACAUCCCACUUUCUCGUGGAACCAAUCCUCCCUGCUCUCUUCUCUGCAUCCGCAUUCUCUCAUCGCCUCCUCGCACACGCCCAACUAUUGCUACGUGAUCCGCUCGCUGGACGACUGUGCGCUGCUGGGCAGCCUCAUUCGCCUCGCCAGGGCGCUGCUGCUCAACCCGCACCUCCACAUGGAGCCAUACGUGCACCAGCUGAUGCCGGCCAUGGUGACAUGUGUGGUGGCCAAGCGUCUGGGCGAGCGGCAGCACCAUGCCCACUGGCACCUACGGGCCUUCACUGCCACGCUGCUCGCGCUCAUCUGCCACAGGUUCGGCCGAGCCUACGCGUCGUUGCAGCCUCGGUUGACGCGCACCUUGCUGCACACCUUGCUGGACCCCAAGCGCUCGCUGCCUCAACACUUCGGCGCCAUCCGCGCUCUCACUGCGCUGGGGCCCACCGUGGUGCGAGUGCUGCUGCUGCCGCACCUACCGCUGUACGUGCGGCUGCUGCAGGCGCACAUGGGCGUGCCAGGGCUCUGCUCCGCGCCACCCACCCCCGCCAAGCAGCAAGACGCCUGGCGGGUCUGGGGCGCCGUGCAGCAAGCAGCAUCAGUGGCGGUGGCGCCUCACCUGCGCCUCUACCACCCGGCGCUGCUGCCCCGCCUGCUGGAGGGCGGGGAGGUGGAGGGGGCAGCACAGGGUGGAGAGGGCGGUGGUGAAGGCGGCACACAUGCAAGCGGAGCAGCAGGGGCAGGGGGCGCAGCUGGGAUGGGUGGAGGGGCAUGGGGGAGGAUGAAGCGUGUUGGAGGGGGGGUGAGAUUCGCUGCCAGCCCGCGAGUAACUGUACCCGCCGUGCGCACCGUGCCCCCACUGCCGCCGCCGCUGCCCUAUGCGGCGGCGGGCAGGGAGGCAUCGCUGCUGCUCUUCUUCCCGGCGCUGCAGCGGGGGCAGCAGCGGGGGGUCGGGCUGGCGGGGCUGGACGGCUUCCACAUGGGGCUGGGCCAGGGGGGUUAUGACGAUGACGACAGCAGCGAGUGGGAGGCGGGUGGGGCGGGGCGGCUGUGGGCGGUGGCGGAGCGCGUGGGGCAGGUGGUGGUGAGCAGUAGGAAUGGCGGCGGGCGCGACUACGAGGUGGACGACGCUCCCACCAAGGCCGCUCUCGCAGCCCUGGCUGGGGUGCGCGGGGGUGCUGACACGCAAGGGCAGGGCGAUGUGGGGAGAAGUGAAAGUGGGGAGAAUGUGGGUUUGCUGGUUGAGGGGUUGGUUUACUUGUUAGGGGAUGCAAUGAUCCCUCUUGUACCCACUGCACCCUUGUUCAUGCAUCUGUAA